AUGGCGCCCGAGUCUUUGCUGCCGUCACAGAACCAGCCCCCUUCCGCUGGAGACGCCAGACACAUUCCUAUGCUCUCUGGAAACCCCUCCCACAAGAAUGAAAACGACUCCGCCGGCGAUGAAAGAAUCAUCAGUCCCUGGAUGCCUCUGCUACCACCUGCAAACAAGAGGCUGAUCAAACGGCGCGCGAGUGCGCCGGCUAUGACGGGCGAACCCCCAAUCCAGGCGGAACCGGAACCUGGUCAACUCGAUUAUCGCGCCGCUUGUUUCGACAAUGACACUCCCCUUGAAGGCAUUCAGAGAAGGGACGCCGCCGCCGAGGAUGGGCGAGAGCGGCUGCUAGGCGGCAUCGACCUUGCUCAGGCGACCCUAUUCAGUGUCAGCCACAAUCGCAGGGUCACUAUGCUUGAAGGAGCCCUAGCUCGGACUUGCCUACCUUCACGCCGUGAGAGUCACACAGCACCCUCUGCCCCUUGCAUCGGCGAGAAUGUCUACGAAGUACUGAACCGACUUCGGUUGAAGCCCCGUAAGGAACAGUUGCCGCCGUUCUUUGAACUCCUUGAGUCCGUCCUCAAUGGAAAAACUUUGGGAGCUUCCCAAUAUCGCGCAUAUGUUCAGACACUCAUCGAAACGCCGAGGCCCGGCAGGGGCAUCGAAGACAUUCGUUCUGAAGGCGUCACGGGCUUGAUUGUGGACCUGACAGCGCUCGACAGCCACACCGCGGCGCAGUUGCGAAGCGAUUGCGGGGAGUUUACCGCACAACGUGCUGCCUGGUUGGAACAACAUGUCCCAUCUUCUAUGUCGUAUGGGGUUCAAGCUUUGGCCAUCGGCGUCGCCAGUAUGGCGAGACUCCUGUUGAGUGACAAAACCCUUAGGGGCGACCAGCGAAUGAUAGCAACCAGGCUUCAUGGAUUGGCACAGGAGCUCCUAGCCAUGGUCAAUGACAAGUUGAAUCCCUCUACGGCCGAACCUGAGAGACUAAACACUGGCUACAUGCAGUUUUCCGUGUCGAGAGCUAUCCGAGCUGUGUUGAAUCACCUCAGACCUGCCGCUGAGGCCAAGGGGCUUGCCUUCCGUACUCAAGUUGCGGACAAGAUUGCGAGCGGCUUCGAAGUCAUGGGUGAUCCUAUACAGCUACAACAGGUCAUGGUCAAUCUUCUCUCGAAUAGCCUCCGAUCCACGACUCGGGGCUACGUGAAGUUCUCCUUAGAGGAAGAGCAGGACCAUCCUAACUCAACCGUUCUUAAGUUUAAAGUCGAAGACACCAGCAGGUUUGCCGAGCGAGGGGUUAUGAAUUGGCCUUCCAUAACACCACACUUUAAUUUCUCCGAGGGCGGGCUCGGUGAUUCCAAAGCCGUGGUGGAGGCAAUGCAGGGCCGCAUGACGCUAGACACAUCUUGGGGAGUGGGCACCACCAUCACAGUAUGGAUCCCCUUCAAGAAGGCCCCGUCGGAGGACGACAUUAUCAGCCAGAAACUUACCAUGACUCUGAUCGAGCAGCUUGGGUUCCAAGCCGCGGCAGCGUGUAACGGCUCUGAAGUCCUUGUCUACAUCAAGGCCGCCAUGCUUGGCCACAAGCCCAAGCCCGGCAUCAUUCUCAUGGACUUGCGGAUGCCUUUUAUCGACGGUUAUCAGUGUGCCGACAUCUUGCGGCACCGUACCCCAUACCGCGAGUAUGUCAGCGACAUCCCGAUUGUGGCUGUGGCUGCCUCGGUCGCCCCCAAAGACGAGGAGGAGUGGAGAUGCAAGAGCGCGGGAAUGGACGAGUUUCUACCCAAGCCGCUUACCAUCGACGCCCUCGAGCGUGUGUUUGUCAGAUGGGGGACCUGCGGUCGACGAGCGUAG